UGUUUUUCAAUAAAAUGACCACGAAAGUUCUAAACACACUCCACCCAGGGGAGCACCAAUACAAUAGUCACGUUAUCUAAAUCAUUUGAAUUUGAAGUAAAUCAAGUCAUACGCUGUAUCAUUGUGUAGCCCUAUAUUAACAUUACUGUCUUAUGUAUGAAAUUGUAUGGUGUUGUAUCAGCGCUAUAAAAAUAAAUCCACUAUGACUUUGCAAAAUAUGACAACAUUGUUGAAGUAUCUUUUCUCUAUCACUCAACAUACAGGAAAUAUGAAUAAGUACUACUUACAAUUUUAAAACGCACCUUCUUUAAAUGAUACAGUCAUUCGUCCCGUGAAACAACUUUAUCUACACAUGAUUAAGAAAAUAUAAACGUGGGUUAAAGCUCAUUCAAUGAAAUUUUGAAAUAAUUGUAUCGUACCUGGACACAGAAAUCAACAAAUCAACAAACUAAAUUAAAUGUUUCGAGCGCGAAUUUUGAAACCCGACUACUGAGCAAAGUUUGAGACUGAAAAGCAGAUAAUGGCGGGCUUCCUAGCUGGCAUUCCACCGAUGGUUAUUGGCGGGAGUAUUAUUAGCGUCGUAUCAUUAAUUCUACACAUUGUAGGGUUUGCCACUACGUAUUGGUAUUGGCAUAACUAUAAUGGUAGUAUCAUUUAUCAUUUUGGAUUAUGGAAAUCUUGUCAACAAUUGGGAGAGAUACAGCUGUGUAACUAUAUUACAGAUCAGCAUAAUAACUAUCUCACAGCCGCUGAAGUUAUAGAAUCACUUGCACUUGGAGCAUUUCUAGCAGCGCAGAUAAGUGCUUUACUCAAGGUGUUUGUUUUGAAGAAACAAAGAAUCCUGUUUAUUGUCACAGGCUUGCUUAACUUUGUGGCAGGUGCACUUACCUUGGUCGGAGUAAUAGUUUUUGCAACUAUGAGACUAGCUGGUCAAAUACAAUUGGAUGGUCAUUUUAACUUCUCGUUUGGACUAUGUAUUGUAGGUGGAAUAGGAGGAGUAUGCUCUGGUGUUGUGUUUAUUCUAGCAUGGCGCUGGGUAAAAGACUAGGCGGAGUGUUUUCUGACAUUUUAUUCAUCUUAGCAUGGCGAUGGGUAAAAGACUAACGAUGGAUGGAAGAUCUAACUGUACUGGUGUUUUUUUUUCUCUUUUAAGUCAAUGAAAAAAUGAAUUAUACUUGUAUUUAUUUUCUA